CUUAAAUUAUAAAUUAUUAAUACUAACAAAAUGUCAAAUUUCCUUGGAGAAAGCGAACUCAAAGCGGACACUGAAGACACAAGGAAUCAGUUCCAUGAUAAAAAUAGCGAUAAGUUUAAGAAAAUGGGCACCAAAGGCCUCAAUAUGGCCAAGAAGAGCAACAACUUUAAAGAAAUGGAGAAAGCCAGCAAGAGACUUCAGGCUAAAAUCCAAAAGAAUCGUAAAGAGAAGAUGCUCGCUAAAGCUAACAGAAGGGAAGAAGCUAAACAAAUGGAGUUUGAAAUUACCAGUAAAGAGCAGCUCAGAAAGGAAGCAAGAAAGAAUGAAAAAUAUGAGAAGACUAUCACAUCUAAAUACAAUAAGAAAAUAAAAAGAGACUUACUUGAUGAAGAAGAGAAGCUAAUGGAGAUGUCUAAGAAGCCAAAGAAAAGAAAGAAUAGAUAACGACAUGAAAUAGACACUCUUGCUUAUAAAUUAAUACAUAUUUUUAGAAGAGUUAUA